AUUGUUACCUGAACCCGUAAAGCAUCGCAUCUCGUCUCAUCCUUUUGGAUGGCUGUUAUACCGCUCUAAAAAGGCAUACACACACCAUGAACUGGAGACCCACGCGAACCUUCCACACAUACACCAAACUAUGCAACUCCUCCUCGGCCCCGUUUAACAAUCUCGGCGGUAUCUUGAGCCAGUUGGGAAAAAUCUCCGGGCAACUCCCACAGCUCGCCAGAAAAUGGAGGGAAAGCAGUUUCGGGGACGCCAUUAGAAACGAAGUCUUUAACGUCAGAGACGACCAGAUUUCGUCAUCGCACUACAAAAGGCCCACCCAACCGACGGGGGUGCCGUUCUCAAAGCUCUUGUCAAACUCGUUUCCGCUUUCCGUAGCCGAAUCCGUCAGAGACUAUAAGGACCGCCACCAGGUUUUACGGUUUCAGGAUGAGUUGCUCUCGACGUUGCCUUUCUAUCCAGAGAUGGAUGCUACCGGGCGCGUCGCCAAGGUAUUGCUGGUUCCGGUGUACGGAAUUAGCGCUCCAAGGGCCACCGACUACAUUAACGAGUUCUGCAUCUACCCCCCGGGCAAAACGGAGGCUGAUUUCGCAGACUUGAAUCACUUGGUCGUGGUGCACGGCUACGGCGCGGGCUUGGGAUUUUUCUUAAAGAACUUUGAGGGUUUGUCCAGCGGGUUUGAGGCUGGCCUGAAGCCAUGGGUGGUCCACGCGAUUGACCUUUUGGGGUACGGGUGCUCGUCGAGACCGGAAUUUCACUAUCCCAAAGUCGAGGACCAGAGCCAGCAGUUGGAGAUCACCGAGAGUUGGUUUCACGACUCGUUUGAGCAGUGGCGUGUCCAGCGUGGCUUGACGAAUCCCGAAAAUAUCUUGUGCUGCUCACAUUCCUUGGGAGCCUAUUUGUCCGCAACUUACUGCAUGGCCUACCCCAAACGGUUCAAGAAGCUCAUGAUGGUGUCACCGGCCGGGAUCAUCAAGCACCGUACGCCGAAACCGGUUCCGGCUUGGUUUGACUACUUGUGGAACAAAAACAUCUCGCCCUUUGUAUUGGUGCGCAAAACCGGUCCGCUCGGCUCGCUCUUUGUCAGUGGGUGGACCUACCGACGCUUCUCCAAGCUUGCGAGCUUGUUUGAGAAGCAGAAGUUGCACAAAUACACGUACGGGAUCUUCAAUGCCAAGGGUUCAGGGGAAUAUAUUCUCAAUUACGUGUUGGCAGCCGGUGCCAACCCCAGAUUUCCGUUGCUAGAGCGACUUUCCCAGAAGAUGGCGGAGAGGCGUGAUGUCAUCAACUGCGAUUACACCUGGGUCUACGGAAAAGAUGACUGGAUGGAUGUCCACGGCGGCGAGUUGUGCAGCAAAUUGAUCAAUGAGCAGACGGGCCACCAGAGCACGGUCGUGGAAGUUCCCGACUGCGGCCACCACAUUUAUCUCGAUAAUGUAGAGGCGUUUAAUAAGUUGGUGGUGGACGAAAUGAAGAAAUUUUAGAUUUAUAAAACCACAUUAUGUGUUAACGGUUGCACGUGUCUGAAGGACCAUGAAACUUCGGACAGUGAGGAUUUGCCCUUCCUUUCUAGCGAAGCUUGUGCGCUCGUAGCUAUACAACCGUACUUUAUUGAUUAAUAUACACAACGCU